UUUGCCAACCUGAAAUGAAUAUACAGCCAGUAUCACAGUCACCAAUCCAUGGAGAGGCAAAUAUAGCUCGUUAUCUCUCUCGACUCCUGGAUUCAAAUUACGAGGCAAACCCUGAAGUAGCCACACAGAUUGACACUUGGUUAGACAUCGCAACCAAUUCAGUUCUCAAUGGUGCCUCAAAGGAAAAGGCUUCAGUAUUGAGGUCUUUAAAUUCACAUUUGGGAAAGAAUCCUUGGUUGGUUGGAUCUUCACUCUCAUUGGCUGAUAUUAUCAUGUGGUCAUCUCUAAAUCAAUCAGGUCAGGCCAAUGGAGCGCCUGGAAAUGUGAAGAAAUGGCUAAAAGUGUGCGAGGAUAUCAGUGCUUUUCAAUUUGCAAAAACAGUUAAUUAA